AUGGAAAUUGUAGGCAGAGCCAGACGGAAAAAAUGCGACGAACAAAGCCCGAGCUGCGGGAAGUGUGUCAAAUCGAAAAGAGUCUGCUCGUGGCCUGGGAAGGAUGACCUGUUGGAUCGUAGACACCAGCGGGCUUUCAAGUCACCAAACCCACCGUUGAAACGUCCAGCGGCUGUUCCAGUGCAGCGCAGGCCUCUGCUGGUGUCGGAGUUGUCUUCUGUAGGCAAAGCAUCGCCAUUCUUCGUCUGCCGAGAAGUCUCCAUCAACACGGACCUGUUUAAUUCAGACAAGUUCACAUCGGAUCUUGAGGUCGAUUGUUUUCGACAUUUUCUCGAGGAAUUUUUGCCGUUGUUGCUCCUUUCUUCCGCACAUCCUGGAUUUCAAUCGGCAUAUAUUCCAGAAGUGGUUCAUAUGUUGCUUGAAUUCGACGGUUUGAGGGAUGUGGCAUUGGCUUGUGGUGCUUCGCAUUUGCACGUGUCUACAGCCAACCUUCAAAUGCACGAAGCCGGGAUCAUGUAUUACUCUCGCGCGGUUUCCAAGGUCAAUCAAGUACUCGGCAACAUCGAUUGGAGCCGCGAUCGGUACAAUGAUGCGAUCCUGAUUUGCAUCACUUUUCUGUAUAUCCACGGGGUGAGCCUGCCUUGUUCGAGCGGUCGGGAGUUGUUGAUCGACAUCAGCGUCACUGACUAUGUUGUAUAUCAGGUUUUCGCCAUCGGCACUAACCAGGAUAUUCCGAAACAUGUGAAUGGUGCCAUUCAAUUGAUGAAGCUUCGUUGUGCCAAAUCGCAGUCGUCCCCUCUAGCACGGCCAAUCCAUCGAAUCAUCUGGGAAUCAAUACUAUACCAGGUGUUCCGUCAGACUGUCCGGCACCCCUUUGCAGUGGACUUCCAGCCGGACUUUGAUUUUGUAGCAAGAGCGGAGGGCAUCCUGCAAGCGCUGACGUUUCCGGAUGGUUCGCAGGCAGACAACAGCCCGGUUAUCGGUUUUCCGCUGAGCCUCCAGAAGUUCAUCAUUGCAAUUGUUCAGCUUUGCAAACGCCCUUUCGAGCCCGAUCGACAUGGGCUCCACAAGCUCCAUGAAGAAAUGGAAUAUUGGGAGGGGUCCAUACUCCAGCAAGGCCACUGCAUCAAGCAGGAAGGCCACGGCAGCUCAACGUGGACGCCAUCGGAACGAGCCCGACUGUUUCAGCAGCACUCAACGAGCUUGCAUAUUCUUGCAGCGUCUCUCCUUCUUGACUGGGUCUCCAGGUCUCAGGAAGUUCCUCACAAAUCCAGAACGAAUUUACCUCCUCCCAAUAAUUCCUGGCAAGUCAGCAGAGCUUUGCAGAUUAUGCGAUGUCCACAAGCCAGUGAGGAUUGGUCGAGGUGCUAUCUCGGGUCAUGGCCAGCAUUGAUCUUUGGCUAUGCUGUUGGCACGCCUGAGAACGUCGCCUUGAUUCGCUGGGACCUUGAGCAAAGAUUUCGGAAGCUCUACUCUGUAGAGGAAUUGGAGUUUCUCAGUGAAUUGGAAUCCAUCUGGCGUACCAGAGGGAUCUCAUCCCGUGGACAUAGUAGCUCGACCGGAAGCGAGUGCGAAUGA